UUUUCAUUUUGAGAAAUAUUCCGAAUUUUUUCCCAAAAAGAAUUUCGCUCAAUUUAUAUUCAUUACAUCUGAUGCAUCGAUGAAUCUAACUAUAAUGUUUCGAAAAUUUUGUUUCCGUGGCCUGAAUAUUGCCUCAAAUUUAACCCCAAUCAAAUAUUCACAAACAAGAGCGUCAACUUUCUGCUUGAAAGGCAUUCAUGAGCCAGAAUAUUUGGAUUAUCUCAAGCCACAAAUCCCAUUUUAUAAUCUAAUCAAUAUUCAGAUAAAAGCUCAUGAUUUUGCAGUGUUGGAAUCAUACGGAUCAUAUCUACAUCGUUUAUCCAAUCGAUUAGGACUGGUGGUGGUAAAAUAUUGGUGUGCACCAAAUACAACGAAAAAAAUUGAAACACUUCAACAUGAAUCUUCCGUUGUUCAACAUGAAUAUGAAUUGAAUUUAUAUGAAAGAAAUAUUCAAAUUGAAAAAGUUAGUUCCCGUAUCAUGUCAUUAUUAGUGGAAGUUGUUCAUCGAUCAUUACCAGCCGGUGUUCAACUAUCUAUACAUGAACAUAAUCAUGAAUUACAUGAGAAAACACGCUAUAUCACUGAUCAUGAAUUAUUGCAAUACAAAAAAGAAUUGAAACUAUUAUUGGACAACAAAAAAGAAGAUGAAGAGGAAUUGACAAGCGGAAAAAAGAAAAAAUAAAUUUUUUAUUUAAAUUUC